AUGAUUAUAAUAGCGUCAGCAGAUGUGUACUACGGAGAUUAUUUCUACCUCUUCGCAGAGCAAUGGCGUGGAUCGGUCACUUGCAAAGUCGCAGGAUUCAUCGCUGUUCUAUCCAGCGAAACGUCCGUAUUCGUACUUGCGAUCAUUACGAUAGAUCGAGUCCUUAGCGUCGUGUUCCCCUUUGGAAAACUGAAGUUUCGGGCUACUUCUGCUCGCGUUGGAGUGGCGCUUAUAUGGACCAUUGCUGUUGUAGUGAGCAUUGUUCCUUUGAUUGUUAGCUCCUACAUCAGCGGUUUCUACGGCCUGUCAGAUGUUUGUGUUGGACUACCACUCAAUGUCGAGUCAACAGAGACUGGAGAAUUAGUAUAUAAUUACGAGAGAAGGGUGUGGGAAUACCUCAAAUAUGAAACAACAAAGAGACCAAGUUGGGUGUACUCAAUCGCCAUCUUUCUCGGUGUGAAUUUCUUGAUUUUCAUCCUCAUUCUGCUCUCCUAUGUCGUCAUAUUCGUUCACGUUCGCAAGUCGGCACGCAGUGUGGCCAAUCCGGCAAGCGGUUCGGGUAGCAGUGACCGCGCCCGGGAAGUGAAGCUGGCAACACGCAUGUCUAUCAUUGUCCUGACGGAUUUCUUUUGCUGGAUGCCGGUGAUCAUCAUGGGUAUCCUUUCGCAAACAGGUGCUGUCACCCUCCCGGUAUCCCUCUACGCCUGGAGCAUUGUCUUUAUCUUGCCUAUCAACGCAUCCAUCAAUCCAUAUCUCUAUACCUUCAUCGCAAUAUGUGGUGGUUCAAAGACGAGAUCUACCUCAAGCCCUACGCAAAAGACCCGUUUCUCGACCGCGGUGUCUGAAACACGAGCAUGAUGUAGAAGUACUCAAAGUGGUGGUACGCAAUCUACCACAAACCCUGCUCUAAAGAUCCGUACCAUAAACACCAUGUCUCAGACACGAACAUAUUAAAAAGAGGGAAUAUACUGUCUUAAUCUGUCGGUUCAAAGAUGAAAUCUACCUGAAACUCAGCUGUAUAGACCCGUUAAACAUGACCACGAUGUCUGGUACACAAGUAUGCUGUAGGAUUAUACUUCAUCUGUAGGUUUAAAGACUAAAUCUACCUUAAACUCUGCUUUAGAGACCCGUUAAACAUGACCACCACCAAUUCCCUCAUUUGCAUAUUAUGGUAAUUUUUGCUAAAAUGGUCAUAAAAUUUAUAUUUUUUCCCAUGAAUUAUAUAUUCUUUAUUUUAAGCAUCCUUUUUCACUAAAUGUAUUCGUUAGACCAUAUGAAACAACAAUACGACAACAAAUUUGGAAGAGCUAGGUUAUUCCUUUUGU